AAGACUGCAGAAAACUCGUGAAUUAAACAUUUUUUGUCUUUAUUCCGCUUAUUAUAAAACAACUUUUAUUGUAAAGUAUCCUCUUUCAGAGGCCUGCCUAACGACAAUACGAUCAGAAAGCUUCCAAAACAUCUGGCUGACAUACACCUCAAGAAUUUAUAUCGCGUACUAGUUGCAAGGUACGCGCUGUAGGACCAAGCAAGUGGAAGAAAUGAUACGACAUCGCCCUUGUUUCCGUCCUUUUGCACGGCUUGGUUUGUGGUCUAAGUGGCCUGAUCCCUGGGAUCAGAGAAUGACUGUUGGAGGCCCGCAGAGAAAACGCUUUUCCACCAGGUCGGCCUCUAGUGGUUCAGUACUUCAAAUACAAUGCACAUUCCCCCUUCCCUGUGACACACGGAUCCACCAGUUUCUAAACAAGUUCUUGUUUUUCUGAAAUCUGAUCUCCCCACUCGUACACGGCAGCCUGCCCGCUGCGAUCCAUGUCCGUCGGGCAGGGUGGUGUUUGCCGGCCGGGGCUGUAAGCCGACACCGUGAGGUGGGGCUGCUCCUCGCCAAGAGCAAAGGAAACGCGGAAGUCGGGAGCGGCCGAGCAAGCAGCGCCAUGGCAGACUACUGUAGCCGGUUGGACAAAGAUAAAGAGUUUCUAACCAGUGAAGGUACGCUGAGCGAGAAACUGCUGGACAGAAUUGUUCUUCACCUGUUCAGAAUCUAUCCACAAAUUCUGAAUAAUACAGAGGCUGAAAUGUUCAGGAGUCUAAAUACUCCCGCGUGCAUUCGAAUAUCCGAACUCCUCGUUCAUCUGCAGAGCAAGAGUAACAAAGCCUGUAAGGAAUUUUACAACGCAUUGGAGAUAAAUGAUCCUCAGAUUUACAAAAAGCUUCCAAGCAAAUAUCUAAGCAAAAUGACAGAUUCAGUGGGAAUGGACAUUGAUAUCUACCACAGAGAGAAGUACAUACUCAAUGACAGGGGUCCUGCUUUUUUUCUGGCUUGCUUUAGUGUUGCAGCUGGGUUGGCUUUCCUGCUUUAUCACUGUAAGGAAGAUUCCAAAUUUGAAAGUACUGCAAGGAAAAUUGUUGGAUUUUCUUACCUCGGCUUUGGAAGAAGAGCAAGAAGGUACUUGUUAGCAUAUUUGGAAGACCAGUCAAAGAGGAACUGAUGAUAGUGCUUCAGCGAUCAGCAUAUUGAUGUCGUCUUCAAAUGUCUGGGAAUGUGUGCACUUCCAUUUCCUAGGGCAGAUAUACCAAAAAGAUAAGAUUUUCUAUUUGUACAUGAAGUAUAUGCACACCAUUUUAUUGCUGCAGGUCAGCAGUUUUGGGCCAUAAACCUCAAAUAAGGCAAUGAUAUAGUAAAUAAAUAUUAAGAAAUGCAUGUGUUGUUUGCCUCUUGUGCCCUCACAGUACUGGCUGAUAUGCGUUACAGAUAUUCUGCUAUCCAAUCGUUUUUAACGACCAUACUGUAAAACGUAAGUCAGCCAUUUUGGAUAGCUUACUGAACUCCAAUAGGUAAAACUUACAAGUGUUCAGGCUUUGCAAUGAAUAUUAUUCUCUGAAAUUGUUGAUAUUUUCCCAGAUAAGUCAAAACUUCCAAUGACAUUUGGUGCUGUAGGUACAGUUACAAGGCAACUAAAUGACCAGGAGUGUACCUUCUGUUUGUGUAGAUAUGAAUGGAGGGAUGGCAGCAGAAGUUAAUUCAAAUCUGUUCAAACAAUGAACUGUCGUCAUCUUCUAUAAAUAGUGAUUCAUGUAAAAUGCUGGCCGUCCUCAGGAAAUCUUCUUUCUUUGAGCAAGAAGGCAGCUUCUGAGGCUCCAAGACUUCUUGGAAGCAACAUAAUCUACAGGAGUUGCAGUUACAUUAUAAUUGUGUGAACACCAACUAAAGCAAGCCAUUGGAGAUGUCCUUGCUUACAUCAGUAUUGCUUUCUUCCCCCCAUCCAAUACUUAGCAAUCAACAUUUAGCUGCAGUUUUAGAAAUUGGCUUUGAUUUACCCAACUGUGCCAUCUGCCCGGAGAAUGGUUUAAGAUGGCGUGAGUGACAACCUACUGGCAACAACAAAACUACCAUCCAUUUUAUAACCACACUUUUUCUGGAAAACAAUCAUUGCAAUCAAUAGCCUGUCACUUCCCUUUAGGAGUUGAGCUUUUGCCGGUUUUGUAGUGUGAACUGAAGCCCGGAAGGUGCAGGACUUUUGUGGAGUGGGUGUGUAUGGGCCGAAUCGAGGCAGUGCGGCCCGGUCCCAAGAGCGAAGAACGCGCGUGUGAAUGGCCAGUGCUGGAGCGGACGUGGAGCUGAUUUGACGCAGCAGAGUCGAAGGGGUGGGGCCCAGGCCUGAAAGCGAGGGACAAGCUGACGUUUGACUGAUUUAAGUGUCAGCCCAGAUUGGAAAGGUUGGGUACAGGCAGAAUCAAGGCAGUGGGGUCCAGGCCCGAGAGCAAAUCGAAGUGGCAGGACCUGGGUCUGAGAGAGAGGAACGAGUUGAGAUCUGGCCGAUGUAAGCGCCGGGCCAGAUCGAAAAGAGCAGGGUUUUAGGGUCAGAGGUGACGGACAGGCAAGUGUUCAGCUCUCUGCUCACCAAGGUUUACUCAUUUCUGCACCGAGCUGAGGCUGUGGCCUGCAACUAAUGGACUCCUGGUUUGGCUGUAAGCUCACUUACGUGAAGUUUAGUUCUGAAUGUUAUUUGCUCAUUAUUUUAACUGUUCGAAUGGUUUUUCUUUAGCAUCAAGGGGGUUUGGUGGUUUUCCUUUUUGAAUAGGUUCUAUUGGGUUUCUUUGUUUUAUGGCUGCCUGUAAAGAGGUGAACCUCAAGGUUUUCGAACUCGUUGGCCCAGAUAGAGCUGAAGCUAACCUGCAAGGCCCUGCUUUGUGUUGGAACCUGAGGUGAUUUAUCUAGUCACGUAGAUGAGUCAGAACAAACUCCAGCCAUGAAUUUCCGCUGGAUGUAUGCAGUGGAGAGUAAAGCUCAUAGUUUAAAGGAAGUAUAAUAGAAAGAACAAAUAAGAACAGUUUAACACUUCUGAAUCAUUAAACACUAUUUAAACUACAAAAUAAUUUAAUAGAAAAUAUAACUUGUUUUAUUCUUGAUUUUCUUCUCAGUAGUUUCACAGCCUCUAUUCCGAUUUAUGUGCUGAGACCAGAGCCCACAAUGUGGCCGCAAAGGAAUCUCUUAUACCCUUAACUGAAGUUACUGCUGGAGCUCGGCCACUAAAAUCAGGACUUCCUAGUCCAUGUUCCAGUCCUGCCACACACCAGCAGCUCAGCUUGUCAAUAUGGAUAUUAGAACCUAAGGGUUCUAGCAGGAAUAUCUGGGCUCUUGGUGGAAAGAGGACUGUGAAUCCAUUGUGGAGACUGGGAAAGCCUGCAGGGCCCCUGCUGCUUGAUGGCAACCUGCCCAUGAGGUACUUACCACCUUCACCUUGUGCUUGGUGCUGACACAUGACUCAAAUAAGCUGUUUUAAAGGGCAUUUUCAUAAGUUCUCCUACUCAUUUAUCAGUUCUGAAGUUUCAAUCUCUGAUUAAACUUUGGUUGCUGAUGUUCUUGAUUCAAUAAUGAAAUUAUACCACAAUAGAUCCUUUGGUAUGGAGGUUUUGAACCGUUGGCUAUCUUUGCUGCGCCAUUUCCCUAGGUAAACACUUGGAUCUGUUGUCAUCCCGCAUGAAGUUGUCUGUAAGGGAAAUUAAAUUACAUUAUAGCUCCUGAUAAUCACUUCACUGCUUAUCAGGAGCUUGAACCAUGGCCAGUAAUUGUAAAUAAGCACAGGAUUGAAGGCCUCUCAUUAAAACUAAUCUGCAAAUUACACUGCGCUUUCUGAUGAGAAGGCGUUAAUCUUUUUUAUGUCACCGAGAAACUGUUUCCCUCUAUCAGUUCCUAGUCAAACAGGAGAUAUUUAACAGGAGUUAGGAAGUUUAAAUUUAUAUAAUUGCCCAAUAUACUCUUUAAAUCUCAAUUUUGUAUUUAAGAUUAUAGCUGAUAAUUGUUACGUUCCUAUAACUGUGCGACUUUUAUUUAGCAAUGUUGAUGUUUUGCAUCUAUAAACAUAUCAAAUGGAAAACAUUCUCAGUUCAGAAUCAUAACUUUUAAUCAAAUGAUGCACAUUCAUUAGAUUUUUUAUUGCUGUAUCAUUGAUUUCUGUUAAAUGGUAGAACUUGUAAAAUUUGUUUGGAUUGCGUGAAGAUGCAAAUUGUCCUGCAUCCUUCAUACACAUAGAAUCGUUCUGUGGUCUCACUUUGAGCUGUGAAGUGCUGGGAGCUUUAGUCUUUCUGGCUUCAGGGAAUUUAUGGAGUAACACUGUUGUUCUUUUUGAAAUAAUGAGGUCAAGAGAAAAUGUAAAGCACAUUUGACAUUUCUUAUGGAGCACAAAGAUGUUGCCUAUAAAUCAGGAAAUAGAAAAUGUAAGGCAUCAAGGUAGAGUGUUUUUAAACUUAUGUCCCAGUGUAAAAUUCCUAUAUAUAUACACUUUUAAUAUUAAAUUUGAUUGUUUCUUGUAACUAUUUGGUGAUGCUAUGCAAAGAGAUUUGCUUGGUAAUAGAUGAGAUUAACUCAGAGCUACAUCUGUUACUAACAUGGAGGGAGAGGAGAGUGUCUGUGUUCAUCGUAUUAGUGUUAAGAUUGCUGAAAGUGGAAGUGACCAAAGAGGACCAAUUUUCAGGGAACUGCUAUUUAAAAGAGUAUAAUAUUCGAGGCAUUGUCGUGCCAAAGAUGAAUGCAGAAAUGGAGCUAGUCAGAAAGAGAGAGAGAGAAGUAUGCUGGAAAGUAGGACAGGCUUGUUACACUGGUGUAUUUACAUCUCCAGUAGUAUUAAUCAAUGCCCAUAGAAGCCACCAGUCAUAAGCCCAUCACUGUGAUAUAUUUGGCAGUACCAUCAUGGUUCCAGGUUUCCUUAAAGGAGCAUGUGUGGAGUCCAGGCACCAGCAGUGUUAAAAUAAUAGAAGCAAAUCUCUAGAAUGCUUUGGCGUUGUCCCUUUCAUUUUCAAAGGCAAGUUAUGGAGAUGUUCUUUUGAUAUUGAUACCCCAGACCUCGAGAUAGUAAUUGAAAUGAUGUUGUUAUCCCAGUGUCUUGUUUUUUUUUCACCAUAAACUUGUUUGUAUGAAUUGGAACAUAGAAAGGGGAAAAGACAUGAAUGUUUGAAUCCAAAGAGUUAACCAGGUUAUGCAAGAAAAUGAAGUGAAUGCAGAACCAGAUGUGCACAAUGUCAAUGUCAGUUCCGGGUUUGUUUAUAUUUUUUUCACAGUUUACCACAACUAAAAACCAAGCUUCAUCAUGAGCUUUUGUAAUUAGCAAUAAAUAAACAGUUGUCAACAA